AUGACAGGCUCAUCCCGUUUCCAAAAUGAUGCACAGGAAUUUAUAAGAAAAUCUCUAUGUGAGAUUAAGAUCAUUGAAAAUACAGAUGACAGGCUCAUCCCAUUUUCAAAACGAUGCACAACAAUUUAUACGAAAAUCUCUAUGUUCUCCACUCUUUGUGGUGGGGAGAUUCUUUUUAUUAUUUUCUCAGCGGCUGGUAAACCUUAUUCGUUUAGUUAUCCUUCUGUUGAAUCUGUCGCUAAAAGCUUUUCAAACUCUAGCCAAUAUCUUGAGGAAACCACUGAUGCUCCUGUUGAGACUUACCGUAAGGAAAGAAUGAACUUGCUUGUACAAGAUUUCAAUGAUGUUCAAGCGCAAUUAGACGUAAUAAAAGAAAAACAAAAGGAGAUUUCUUUGGUCCAACAAUCACAUGGAACAGAAAUUCGUCAUUGGUGGAAAGGUCCUAUUGACCAGCUUAACCUGAAGGAGCUCUAUGAACAAGACGAACGCUUCACAGAGUUUAACAACUUGAUCCCUAUCACGAGGGACAAGAAGAUUGCAGCUAUUUCCUCAAUGCAGGCUUCGAUGGAUAAGGAUAUCCCUUCUACCUCUCCCUCCAGAUAUGGCCCUAAUUUGUAA